UACGCCUCCCGAGAGGUUCUGGGAUUGCGAUGGGGACGCCCGGGUCCUCGGCCGGAACGCUGUUGCUGCCCUCCGCGUCCGGGCCCCCGAGGAAGCGCACGGCGACGGAGGCUGGGGCUACAAGGAGCAAGCAGCGGGUCCUGGAUGAGGAAGAGUACAUCGAGGGCCUUCAGACAGUCAUCCAGAGGGAUUUCUUCCCCGAUGUGGAGAAGCUACAGGCACAGAAAGAGUACCUGGAGGCAGAAGAGAAUGGAGAUUUGGAGCGCAUGCGCCAGAUUGCCAUCAAGUUUGGUUCUGCCCUGGGCAAGAUGUCUCGAGAACCCCCACCACCCUAUGUGACUCCGGCCACCUUUGAAACCCCUGAUGUACAUACAGGCUCUGGUGUGGUGGGCAGCAAGCCCCGGCCCCAGGGUGGAGACCUCGAGGAUGCAGGAGAGACUGGAGAAGAGGAGGAGAAGGAGCCGUUGCCCAGCCUGGAUGUCUUCUUGAGCCGCUACACAAGUGAGGACAAUGCCUCCUUCCAGGAGAUCAUGGAGGUGGCCAAGGAAAAGAGCCGCACCCGCCAUGCCUGGCUCUACCAGGCUGAGGAGGAGUUUGAAAAGCGGCAGAAAGAUAAUCUUGAACUCCCAUCGGCAGAGCACCAAGCUAUUGAGAGCAGUCAGGCUGGCGUGGAGACCUGGAAGUACAAGGCCAAGAAUUCCCUCAUGUAUUACCCUGAGGGUGUCCCUGGUGAAGAGCAGCUGUUCAAGAAACCACGUCAGGUAGUACAUAAGAACACACGUUUCCUUCGGGACCCUUUCAGCCAGGCCCUGAGCAGGUCCCAGCUCCAGCAGGCAGCAGCUCUCAAUGCCCAGCACAAACAGGGCAAGGUUGGCCCAGACGGCAAGGAGCUCAUUCCCCAGGAGUCCCCCAGAGUAGGUGGCUUUGGAUUUGUUGCCACUCCUUCUCCUGCUCCUGGUAUGAAUGAGUCCCCCCUGAUGACGUGGGGGGAAGUUGAAAACACUCCCCUAAGAGUCGAAGGGUCAGAGAGCCCCUAUGUGGACAGGACACCAGGACCAGCUUUCAAGAUUUUGGAGCCAGGACGCAGGGAACGGCUGGGCCUGAAGAUGGCCAAUGAAGCAGCUGCCAAAAACCGAGCUAAGAAGCAGGAAGCCUUGCGAAGAGUGACAGAGAACCUGGCCAGCCUUACUCCCAAAGGCCUGAGUCCAGCCAUGUCCCCCGCCCUGCAGCGCCUAGUGAGCAGGACAGCCAGCAAGUAUACAGAUCGUGCCCUCCGGGCCAGCUAUACACCAUCCCCAGCACGCUCAGCCCACCUCAAGACCCCAGCUGGUGGGCCACGGACCCCCACAAGCACACCAGCACCUGGUUCUGCCACACGAACACCGCUUACCCAGGACCCAGCCUCCAUCACAGACAACCUGCUGCAGCUCCCUGCCCGGCGCAAAGCUUCAGACUUCUUUUAGAGCCAGGCCUAGGCUGGGGCUGUGGACAUUUUGUAAGACACUUUGUGAGACACAUUGUGGAGUUUGCAAGGCAGCUCUCUACCACUCAGAGGACACCAACCCUUGGAGGCCCAGGCCAUAGGUGGUUGAUUAUCCCAGGAACCACAGGCAUAAGGUGCCAUGCCACAGCCAGGCUGACACAGGAUAUUGACCACUCCCUUGGAAAUAUGCUGUCUCCCAGGGUCCUGUUGAAACUGUUUUCUAUUUAACAUCCACAUGAACCAUCAUUAAAGAACACCUGGCAUACUCUGGCCAGGUUGCCCUUCCAUGCUGCUGCCUGAACAGGCCCAGAAGUGCCCUGGGACCCACUUUUGCAUCUCAGAACUUUAAAACUAGAGCCCAUUAUGGGAAGGAAACAGUGGGUGGCUCUCAGAGCUACCUUCUGAGCUGAGCACACACCUGACUGCUUUCCACUGUGAAGGGUAGCAUAGAAUCAAUCGUUGUGCUCCUCAGGGUUACCCAACACUGUGGAUUCAGGUCCACAACCUCUCAGGCAGGCCUGACCCUUUGGUUUGUUGGUUACAUGAUGGUGUAGGUCCUACAUGUCAGGCUCCACCCCAGCAUCAGUUACUUUCUUGUGAUUUCAGCUGUUAACUACCAGCACCUGGCUCCCAGCUCAAGUGGGGCUAGGCUGUCUUCACUGUCCUACCCUCUGCUUACCCCACUGCUCUUGGCACUGCCUGUUGAGGCACCAACCUUACCUCAACCUGGGCUGUA